AUGGGUAAUGAUGGCGGAAGUAUUCCAAGGCGAUGCGAACUUGUGAAGUCGGCAACACGCAAUCCCACGACUACCGAGCUUAAAGAAACCCUACGCGAACACUUAGAGCAUUACUGGUCGACUUGCCCUCUCUCGCAUAAGCAACUGCUUGCGCCUAUUGUAUCUGAUUCCAGCGGAACUCUCUAUAACAAGGACGCGAUACUAAAGUUUCUCCUGCCGGCAGAUGACGCGGAAGAUAUCAGCUCGAAAGCCGACUACGAAGAGAUAUUAAAAGGAAGAGUCAAAGGACUUCGCGAUAUUGUGGAAGUAAAGUUCGAGAUCGAUGAUGAUGGGGACGGUAAGAAGCGCAGGGUCUGUCCUAUCACUCGUAAAGAGCUGGGUCCAAACGUGAAGUCGGUCUACCUAGUUCCCUGUGGCCAUGCGUUCUCAGAAGAAGCGAUCCGAGAAAUGAAAUCCGACAAAUGCUUACAGUGUAACGAGGGGUACCUUCUCCAAAACGUUAUUCCCAUUCUCCCGUCGCAGGACGCUGAAAAGAAGCGCUUGAUAUCUCGUAUGCAAGAUUUGAAUAGCCAGGGCUUGACACACUCGCUUAAGAAGGCUCCUGGCUCCAACAAGAAACGAAAGAAAAAUGGGAGUAGCGCUGAAUCCAUUGCUUCUACAACUACCGGUUCUGAACCAGUUUCUGCUCAAGAUACCGGAACAGCUGCCCCAAAACAUCAAGAUGCACCCAAAAGUGGACCUGAUAGUGUGACAUCCACUCCAGCGCCUUCAGGAAUUAAAAAUGCUGCAACAGCGCGACUGACAGCUCGCGUGCUUGAGGAGGAGAGGGAACGCAAUAAACGACGGAAAAUGAUAGGCAACAACGAAACAAUACGAAGUCUCUUCUCGUCCGAUUCAGCGAGAGAGCGAAGCAAGGACUCUGAUUUCAUGACCAGAGGCUAUUCAAUACCAACGUCGGCGAAAAGAUGA